CGCAUCGAUCGAUCGAUCAUUCAUCAAGAUUCGUGAUUCAAGAUUCAUCAAGAUUUCAGGACUCACGCAUCGCGGGCAAGGCUGCAUGCAUGUACUCUUGAUUGUAAAGUACCGGUGGUCACAAGUCAAAAGUAUGGUGCGGCGAGCCUUGACAUCUCGAUCGCGUACCACACGCACGGCUCUUCUUGCACAGCCACGACCCCCUCCCGCCUCCGACUCUUGACUCAGAACUCGACCCAUUCGGUCAGGUAGACUUGUUGCCCCAACGGUCAGGCAUCAAGCUAGAAGGCUCCGACCAAAAGGCUAUCCGAUACUCGCUCCUCGUCGCGUCGCGUUGCUGCCAUCGGGGAGCAGAUAUGCCACCUCGACGUGGAACGCGUCAAGGUGCGCGUGCAGCUGCACCGAGCAACACUCGACAAGACGACGAUGAUUCAGAUCAGUAUUCCUACGGAGAAGCGGCGAGGAGCGACAAUGAGGAAUUUAUGAGCGCAGAUGAGGAGCUUCCAGAGAUCAUCACGCGUCGCGAUGCGUCCUCGUCCUCGCGCGCUUCCCGUCCUCAACCCGUGCCCAAAGGUACUGGGCGCCCUUCUCGAGCAUCAACUUCGGGAAAGGCUAAACCUGCUUGGCAGCCCGCUUCGUCGGAUGACGAACAAAGCCCAGGUGUAGAAGAGGUCCAAGAUGUGCAUUUGCGCUCAAACAGAGGACCGCCUCGAAGAUCUGCGGGAGUGAGGUUCCAGACGACGCCGGCUGCGAGCGAGGAUGAAGAGGAAGAGGAUGUGAGACCGCUCAAGACGCGUCGCAUGGCCUUGGGACGCGCAGCUGCUGCUUCAACACCAGCUGUCCGCUCGAGUCGUGGUCAGGCAAAGGCCAAGCAAUCAGCGGGACCCAGCACUAGGAGCGCUAAAGCUUCCGCACCUCACAAGCGGAAAGCCAGUCGUCUGUCUGCAGCUGCUCUUGCCAGCCAAUUAGCCGCUUCUGACCAGGAAGACGAGGAGGAGGAGGAACAGGAGGAGGAGGCGGAGGAGGAAGAGGAGGACGAGCUUGAAGAGAUUAUUCAAGUGGACGAGUCGUCUGAGGAUGACCUUCCGCGGAGAAAAUCUCGCCGGGGUGCCCAGAAGUCUAAAGGCAAGGCUGGCACUCAGACUCGCGCGCGAUCAAGCGCUAGCACGAGCCGCAGAGCACCACGAAAGAGCGCAGCUGGUGCAAGCUACGUCUUGGACCCAAUCGUCCUUCCAGGCGACUCCGCAGAGGAGGCAGAAUCGCAAGGAGAGUUCGACGGCGCUUUCAGACCCGGCAAAGGUCAGACCAAACGCAAGCGCAAGAAGUUCGUGCCGCUCUAUCCUUCGAGCGAUGAAGAUUUCGUGUAUGGAGACUACGGUUUGCCCCUACAUCAGCGACGAAAGGCUCCACCCCUCCCAUCCAAGCAGAAAGUCAAGAUACAACCUCACAUCGACUUUGAGAUUGACCCGCUCAGCGAGGAUGCUCUAGCCACGUACGGCAAGCUGCGCGACGUUUCCCCCAUGCCCAAAAAGAGCUCCGCUAGACUUGUCGGAUCGGAUGAUAGCUCACUUCCCGACGCUGCGGACGACUCCGGCGUGGACGCCUACUUGCAGGACAGUUCAGAUCUGGAAGACUCGGACGAUGUCAGCGUCGUUUCGGACGAGUUGGACAAGUCUACGCGCGCUGCGCGUCAUCGUCGCAACUCGGUCGAGAUGCUCUCCGACUCUUCGGACGGAAAGUCGCGCAGAAGGCGAGCCAAGAGCGAGGAUAGCGCAGAGGAGCACUACCACGUCUCGGAAGACGAGGAGCCCAAAUUUGAUCAGGAUGGUCUGCCCGUCGAGAAGAGUCUGCUGGGAAAACAUUGGCCUACUUGUCACAAGUGCGGUGAAGAGUCUGCACUGAGCUUGAUGGGUGGCCUGCAGCGCUUAGUCGGCAAACUGCAUCGUGAGGGCAAACUCCGAAAGGGGCGAUUGAUGGAGCGCAAGACGAAAGGCGGACGCGUGUCGAAUCUGAUUGGAGAAUUUGACGAGACGGAAGCGAUCGAGGGAACAUUGGAAGAUCGCGUGGAGGAGAGACGACAGGGCAUUUUGCAAGCUGGAGGAUGGCUGGAAUGUUGCACCUGCUCCGCCUCUUUCCACUGGGGAUGCCUCGCCGCCCCUCGUCAGCGCCGUAUCCUGGACGAGAUCAACGCCAUUCACGAAGCAGCCCAGAAGGCCCUCGAACCGGGCAAACCUUUUGUAGAGAGGGAAGGGCUAAAGUGGAACGAGUUCGUUUCCUUUGUCGAAUGCUCGGAUUGCUUUACGGAACAUGGAAGGAGGUGCAUGCUUUGUCAUUCGGACGAGCCGCGCGAGCUGGACGCGCCACCCAUGUUCCGCUGUCAUCGGUGCAGGAGGUGCGCCCAUUACGAAUGCUGUCGACAAGUCACUGGCGAUUCGACUGUGGAAGAGACGGCUGUAGCGAGGCAGGGCGCCCAGUGGCAAUGCAUGGACUGCGAAGUCUGGGGUAGAGUGGCGUCCAUCAUCGCUUGGCGUCCCUCCGCCGAAGCGGCUGCCGAACCAGAGCCAGAGCAAGCGCCAGGCGAGCCAUUGCCGGUCCGAAGUUUCAAGGAGAAUCUGCACAGAGAGUACCUGGUCAGAUUCGUCGACGUAUCCUUUCGCAACACCCAAUGGGUACCGCACGCAUGGCUCAGUGUAGCCAACUCUCACCUGCUCAAUCACUUUUUGCAAAAGGGCACUCGCGUCGAGCUGGAAGACAAGGCGAUCAAGGGCGUAGGAAAACCCAUCAUUAAUGCUCAGUCGGCAAGGGCUGGUGUGGCAGGAACGCUGGCACGCGGUCGCAAGAGUGCUGUGGAGCUGCUCUCGCAGGCUCCUGCCUUACGCAGGCGUCGAAGGCGCAGGAGGCUCGAGCUGGUCGAGGAUCAGACGAAUGAUCAGGUGGCCAUUGUCGCUGAUGGACCUCCUCGAGCGGUCCCUGAUGCUCAGUUGCGAAUCCCAUUCCCUUGGCGCACGCCAGAUCGAGUGCUGGACUGCUUCUUCAAGGUAGACAUUCUGGGCGCUGCAGGUCGCAUCGCGGCACGCAACAAGGAGCCGCCAAACCCCAAUCGUCGUCCACGAGCCAAGCAGCAUGCCGAAAAUCGUCAAAAGUAUCGCGAAGAUCCCAACAUGAUCCACAUUGAUGAUUUGGACGAAAACUUGCUCGACCCCGAGAGUGCUCUCGAAAGCUUGCCGUACGUCGCCAAGAUCUUUGUCAAGUGGGAAGACAUAGGAUACGACUUGAGCACGUGGGAGGAUGGACCGAGCCCUUUUGAUCAAGCGGACGUAUACGAAGAGUUUGUGGCUGCUUAUCGUCGGUACUUGCAAGGUCGAAAGGUUUUCGUGCCCUGGCUCAGCACCAAGCAGCUUCAAGACCUUGACAAGAGGAAGGGCCUCUCCUUCAAGCCGUUCCGCGAGCAACCACGCUAUGUCUGCGAGGGGCAGCUGCUGGACUUUCAGCUCGAAGGUCUCAAUUGGAUGCGCUUCAACUGGUUCAAUCAUCAACCUGGCAUAUUGGCAGACGAGAUGGGUCUGGGCAAGACGAUUCAAAUGAUCUCCUUUUUGGGCUCGCUGUACCACGAGUACAAUGUGUCUCCCUUCUUGAUCGUCGUCCCCAACUCGACGAUUGGCAAUUGGGUCAGAGAAUUCGAAACGUGGAUGCCUUCGAUGCGAGUCGUGCCUUACUAUGGCGUUGCGGACUCGCGCGACGUCGUCGAGAACUACGAGCUGUUCCAUGAGAACAAGGUGGACGGCCGACAGGCGCUCAAGGCUCACGUCGUGCUUGUGUCUGACACGACGGCUCGUGCGACGCCGGCCGUGCUGCGCAGAGUGCAGCAGUGGCAAGUGAUGGUGGUGGACGAAGGUCAGAGUUUGAAGGGAGGAGAAUCCAACAAGCUCGUCAGGCAGCUCAACGACUUGCCUGCUGAACAUCGCAUGAUCAUGACCGGCACGCCGCUCAACAACAAUAUUGGCGAGCUCUUCAAUCUGCUCAAUUGGCUGCAGCCUGGCGGCGAUUGGUCCCGCAUCGAAGAUCUCAAGAAGGAAUACGAAAGCCUCACGCCGGCGCUCAUCGAAGAGCUUCAACCUCGCCUGCGACCUUUCUUCCUUCGUCGGCUCAAGGCGGAUGUGGUCAACUUGCCUGCAAAGACGGAGCUCAUCGUUCCCAUUUCUCUCAAGCCUGUGCAAAAGCAGAUCUACAAGAGUAUCCUCGAGGCGAACAUCGAGGAUAUUCAAGGUCUGCUCAACGAGCGGCACGGCAAAGGCAAGAAGAAGAAGAUUGUGCUCAACAUGAAUGGAAUCCUCUCUCAGCUUCGCAAAUGCUGCCAGCACCCUUAUCUGAUCGCUCCGACGCUCGAGAUCCGAGAGGGCGAUCGCAAGUACGUGGCGGAAGAGGAGAUGAAUCGCUUCGUGGAUGCGAGCGGCAAGCUGGCCUUUCUUCGAGAGCUGCUGCCCAAGCUCAAAGCCCGCGGACAUCGCGUCCUGCUCUUUUCGCAAUUCGUCAUCAAUCUCAACAUUGUAGAGGACUUUUUGGAAGAUGCUGGUUACAAGUUUUUGCGACUUGAUGGUAAUCUGGGCCAGAAACAGAGGCAGAAGGGCAUCGAUGCCUUUAACAAGCCCGAUUCGGAGUACUUUAUCUACAUUCUCUCCACUCGGGCUGGUGGCGUCGGUAUCAACCUGGCUACAGCGGACACGGUCAUCGUCUUCGAUCCCGACUUCAACCCACACGUCGACAUGCAGGCCAUUGCUCGUGCACACCGCAUCGGUCAGACGAAGCGCGUCCUUAUCUUUGACCUGGUGUCAAAAAACACCGCCGAAGAACGCAUCAUUCAAAAUGCUAGAGGCAAGAUGGUGCUGGAUCAUCUCAUUGUGCAGAAUCUCAACAAUGAAGAGACGCAAGCUGAAGAGAUCGAAAGUAUCAUCAAGUACGGCGCUCAGGCUCUCUUUGCGGAGCAAGGAACGGAGGAGACCGCCCAGGACAUACGCUACACCAGCGAUGAUCUGGACAAGUUGAUAGAGCGUGCAGAGACAGAGGAUCAAGACAGGCCACAUGCGGCCACGGAAGGCGAUGGCGGCUUUUCCUUUGCACGCAUCUGGGAGACCGAGAAUGCAAAUGGCGAGUCCGAUGUUGUUCCAGCGCAGAACAUCGCAGACAGUGACUUCUGGCAGGAUCUGCUGGAGAAGACUCGCUUGGCAGAGGAUGCGCGCCGAGAGGAGAAGGCCAAGCGCGAGGCAGAAGAGCUGGCUAGCGGCAAGAGGCGCACGCGAAAGCAGACGAAGUACGAUUUGGAUGGUGAGCAGCAAGACGACGACGACGAGGAGUGGGUCGCUCAGCGCGCUGGCUCCGAGGCAUCCGAUCACGCCAUGCCUGCCGCUGCGGAAGUCGCAGCAGAGGCAGGAGAUCUCGUGGCGAAGCCGGCUCGCAAGCGUGGUCCUCGGAAGUCUCAAGGCGAAGGCGCUGCGCGUGCACGUGGCCGUCCAAGAAAGUCGCAGACCGACGCGGCAACGCCUGGAACCCAAGACGGCGAGGCAGGACCGUCCCAGCCCAAACCUCGCGGCCGUCAGGUGCUCAUGCCAGAUGGCGAAAACAUCCCGACACCUGCUCAAGCGCAGCUCAUCCUCGAGACCAUUCCGCGCAACGUCAUGAUAGAGGUGCUGGACAAUGUUCUGGUCAAGAAGACGGACAUUGAAGCUUUGCAGCCUUCUAAUAAGCGUCCGCAAUUGACCCAUCUGCAUGCAGUCUAUUUCGAGAAACAGCUAGGCAUUCCUUAUGCGUGCUUCAAAUUUGCAUUCAUCUUCAUCGACUCGUCGCAGCUACCUGAGAACGUUCGAGGCUUGGACUUUGAUGGGGCAGUAUUCCUGGACGCGGGCAUCGUGCGGGAACAUCUGAUCCGCGCAGUCGCGAAGAUAUGGCAAGUCUGGAACAAGGGCAAACAUGGACGCAAGGCAAGACUGUUGACCGAUGCGGAGAAGCAAGAGCUUAUGCAAGGCUUCAGCUCGCUUCGUGAUCUAGGCGCCACAAACAUUGAUGGUGUCAUGCAUGCGGCCGAGAUCAUGUUUGGCACAGCUGAUGUGGCGCAAGCAAGGAGCAUGCUUAGGGUUUUGCGAGACAAGUUGGUAGAGAUGAUGACGAUUCUCGGACCAUUCAACGACGACCAAAAUCGCAGACUUUUGGCUACUUCCAGGAAGGUGCACGGCGCGAGCGAAGCUUUGCUGCUCGCUACUAGUCCCGAGGCGCCGCCACCGCUCGGUAACUUCGAUUACAUAUACCGCCCUCGACCAUCGAUGACGAAGGCUGAACGAGAGCUUGCACGUCAAGCUGCCGCACCGCCUAUCGACCCAAUGUCUGCUGGAGUAAUUUCCCUCGAGCAAGCGCAUCUGCUGGAGAAGAAGAGACAAGAGUUGGGACCGGCCAGGUUGAGCCAACUGCAAGCUCGAGCGCGAAAGUCGGCGGGAUCUGCGUCACAAUCUGCAACCUCACUGUCACAGCCUGCUCCUUCUGUUCCACGCUCCGAUCUGGCUCCUCUUCCUCCUCCUCCGACUUCGCAAAUGCCAGUGUCUGCCUUCUCCAGGCCAAGCACAUUGCAACCGCCGCAAUACGCUCAGAGCCAACCCGUGCUGCACCAUUCGCCACCCAGGCAUCCGGCUGCAAGCCACUCCCAAAGUGUUGCGGACCCCUACGCAGAGAUUGCUACGAGAGGAGAACCCGCGGCCAGGGCGUCCUUUGCCAUCACGAACCGAGGUGGUCAGCUUUGCGAAAUUUGCGAAGGUCCAUUCCACUUUGUAAACAAAUGCCCAGUCAUGCAGCCUGGCAACGAGAAGAUUGCUACGCAAAGGUACCGGGCUAUGGCGAGGGCUUUGGUCGCGAAGCCUUCGAACAUGACGAAGAGGACCCUUACGUUCAUGCGUCAGGUGCUACUCAAGAGAGAUGUCGUCGCAGCUCAGGUGCCUGCUGUAUAGAUGCGUGGACCCAUCUCAUCAAGCUUGAUCUGAAUCGACAGAAAUCGCUACACAAUGAAGGUUUAUCGCUACCCACCUUGCUCUCACGAAGAUGCUCUACUUUUUUCCGCCUGCACAUAAUCUCGAACAUGUAAUGCUACGCGAGUAAGACGAGAUUUCGGCGAUCGGUCUCUAGGGCUGAUCGAUGUGAGAUUGAGUAUGGAUGCUCGAUUCAGUCGCAGUGCAGGAGGACGCUGGUCACACAACGCAAGCCAGGCAACCUUCAGAUCG